AUGCCUGUAAUAUUCUCCUCUAAUAAUAAUGAAGAUACAAAUAUAUACUCAACACCUACACUAACCCCCGUAUACAGAAUUCGUCGUGAUUCUCAUCCAGAAUCUUCCAAAAACAGUCCUAAAUUUAUUCAAAAAUCCUCACAAAAUAUUUCUAUGCAGCACCCACAAUUUCACGAUUCUACCCCUUCUUGUUCUACAAUAUCAUCUAAUGUGGUAGUUGAAGGUGCGGCUGUAUGUGCUGUUUGUGGAGAUACGAACCCUGACAGGUUUAAAUUUACUAAAUAUAAAAUCAGUUUAAUUAAUCUAGGCAAUUAUCGUUAUAUUUGCCGAUUUGGAAAUAAAUGCAUCGUUAAUAAAUUCCAAAGAAAUAGUUGUCGGUGUUGUCGAUUUAAUAGGUGUAUUGAAGUUGGGAUGGAUCCAAAAGCUGUACGGCCGGAUAGAGAUUUGACGGGAAAACAGCGAGUACCUCGCGUUCGUAAAAGACCCAUUGGGGAAGAAUUAAUUGGACAUAUGAUGAGACUCCACCAAAAUAAUGACUGGACUCGCAAAUUACCUUCGGAAUCUAGACUGUUAUUAAUGCAAUUAAUGAAUAUUGAAUUAAAUGUAACCAAAGGAGAUGAAAACAAUGGAGAUACACUUCUUAAUCCUUCAUCUUCACAAUUAGCUAAUCCAACUGAUGAUAUUCAUCAAAACAAUAAUGAUAAUCCUUUAAAGAACGUUUCAUUAAGAGAACUCUUUGAAAAUAGACCAGCUAGUGCUAAAAGAACUCAAAUGUGUUAUGAACCCUCAAGAAUGGCCAAACCAGAGGAGCUUUCAAAAAUUGCUCAUCGAGGUGCGAUUGCCGCUGUUGAUUGGGUAGAAUCGUUAAUGGAAUUGAUAUCGAUGGUUAAAAAUUGUUACGCUCCUCUAACAAUUUUUAAUUUUUCUGCCCGGACAGCUCAAAAAACUCAAAAUCCCGAUAUUCUCUGCCUUUGUUCUUUUUCUUAUGUGCCUAGAAAAUUACCAGCAGAAUUUAAUGGAUCAAACCAUCUUUCAAAUAAUUUAAUUGAUCGAACCUUGAAUGAAUUGGUUGGACCGUUGCGCAAACUAGCUUUAAAGGAGGAGGAAGUUGUGGCCUUGAAAGCAACCAUUAUUUUGGAUCCGAAUGCUAAAAACCUCUCGGAGGAAGCUCAACAUGCUACCUCUGCCUUACGCAAUGCUGUACAAGAUAUGCUUUUUCAUUCAGUAAAAGAGUUGCAUCCUUCACAAAAUGCAGCCUCUCGUUUUGGCAAUUUAUUAUUAUUGUUGCCAACAAUUACUACUCUUUCUGGUUUAAUGAGUGAAAAUAUGCAAUUUUGUCAAGUUUUUGGCUGGACAGAUCCUUUACUUAAUGAAUUAUUUAAUAACGGGGAUGAAGAAAAAACAGCUUCUUAUAAUCAAGAAGGGCCUUUGAGUGCUUUUCUUGCAGAUGAGGAUGCUUUUGAUUUAACUACGAGCGGUGGUCCUCCACCUGUUUCUUAUAGCCCACCAAUGCUGGGAGGUGAAUCCUCUUCUCAUGGCAAUUAUUCGGUAAUCAUCUAG